ACUACAACAGGACGAGAGGAAGAUCUUUUACAAAGUUCUGCUUUAAAUCUGCGACUGAGGAACUUUAACCUCUGGCUGCAGAUCUCCUCUUCAUCCUCCUGUCUUUGUCACAUCCUGCUGCAAGUGGUUCUCAUCCCUCGCCUCUUCUGCUGGGUGAAGAUAAUUCCACGUCCCUCCCCUGCAGCCGAGGACGUUUUCAGAAGAUAUUCUCCAAACGCCGGAAGGAUCUAAAUCAGAGGCAUCAGUUUUCAGCCUGGAUGGUUCCACAGCUCGGACACAGAGCGUGGAACCUGUCGAUGCAGCGUCUUUAAAGAGGACUCUCCAGUUUUUCUUUUCUUUUUUCUUUUGACCUCAGGAGGACGCACUGGGACCGGAGCGCUCCUGGAAGAUCUCCGGGAAGAGGAGGAGGAAGAAGAGGAGGAGGAGGAGGAGGGUGCGUCGAGCUGAGAGGGAGCAUCCUCCCAGCCUGAUCCGUCCUUACACUCCCACACCCUCAGCAGCACAUUGCUCCUGUAAUCCUGUUAAAUAUCGAGUAUUUCAGCAGAACAAACUGCAUUAUCACAAAGUAAGAUCUAAAAGCAAGACUGUAAAACUCACAGAAGUACAACAAGGACCAGACACAUUCAUCACAGACGUGUUAUAAGUUGUUAAACGGACAUUAAAGGUAUUUUAUAGGAAUAUUCUACGCACACAGACUCACAAACACACACCAAGGACAUCCCGAUAAGCCGCUGCAGCAUGGAUCUCCCACCAGUCAGAGGUUUAUCUGAUGUGCCGUGAGUGUUGGGAGCACCGUGCCCCAGCCCCGGCCUGCAGCCCUGGUGCCACCCGGCCCGGCUCAGGCUCACCAGGAGGGACCCUGCUCAUUCCUUCAGGAUGGAGCUGGACGGGCUGGACCUCCAGCAGGUCCCAGUGCUGUCGCUCGACCAGAUUCGUGCCAUCCGGGCCAACAAUGACUAUGUGGAGAGGCCCGUGGCUCUGGAACCGGCUACCCAGACCGGAUUUUUUUAUGCCCAUGAAGACCGUUACCCUCAUGGAGUAUACACACAUCACCCCCAGCACUCCUUCCACUCUGCCCUCCCCCGCAGCCAAAGUCAGCAGCAGCACGCUCACCUGUCCCACCUGAGCCGUUCCAGUACCAUAAGCUCCUCCAUUUCUCGGACCAGUGCCACGUCAGACCAGCGGCUACUGGCAGGUUUGACGCCGUCUCACUCUGGGUUAGGCUCAGUUGUUCGUUCUCAACCCAAAGGAGAACUCAAACCCGAUACUUCUUUUGGUAAAGGUCUAACGGAGGACGAUGUCGAGCUCGGCCUUCAUCAGUUCAUCUGCGAGCGCUGUGGUCGCUGCAAGUGCCAAGAGUGCUGCGCCCCCCGCCGCCUGCCUUCCUGCUGGGCCUGUGGACAGCGCUGCCUGUGCUCUGCUGAGAGCGCUGUGGAGUAUGUCACUUGCUUGUGUUGCGUUAAAGGCUUGUUCUACCACUGCUCCACCCAGGAUGAUGAGGAUAACUGCGCUGACCGGCCCUGCUCUUGUACGGCAGCCCAUGCCUGUGCCCGCUGGGGCACAAUGGGGCUGCUGACGCUCUGCCUUCCCUGCCUCUGCUGCUAUUACCCCGCCAGGCUGUGCCUUGCCCUGUGCCAGUGUGCCCACGACCGGGCCACGCGCCCCGGCUGCAGGUGCAGCAACACCAACACUGUGUGCCGCAAGAUUUCUGCCUCUAACCCCAACUCUGGUCACCCCUCGCUCCGCAGCAAAGCACUGGAGAAGCCAUUAUGACAGGCUUGGAUGGGGACCAGGUAAAUCCGCUUCUCCUCAGCCGUGGCCAAAGCAACGCUGUCGCCAAUCAACAAUGCCACAGCUGACAUUGUGACGACAAUGCCAUUGUGACCUACCUACCUAGAUAUGACAAGCCAACUAACCAAUCAACCGUGAAGUGUUGUUCACCUAAUGUACCUUGAAUUUACUUAUUCUCCACCUCAGGAGGGACCAAAGCUUUACUGUGCCUGUUCAUAUUGGAGACUUCAAGCCGAAACACUAGAACUCGCCCUGGAGUAGGAAGCUGUCGUGCUUUGCUGCACCGCCCGUCAACCUGAACCGGGGCUUCCAGACAGAAAUCACCUCUCUCUGCAUUCUGUGGCGUAAUGCAAACGUCUUCAGAUCUUUUUAUUUAAUGUUGCACCUCUGUCCUGCUCACCCUUUGCAAAGACAGCGCACAGAGACAAGUGAGGCAACAAGUCAGGAUGGAGAGAUGCCGGGGAUGGUGGGUACGUCUAUGGCGACAGUUUCUGUCCUCUUGAAUCGGGACAAGCGUUAGACACGGAGACAUUCCGACGACUCCACGAAGGCUGAAGUCCAAUGAAGGAAGACACCGAUGUGGUGCUGCAGAGAAAGUCUGUCUGGGACUCUGAGCAAAGCACCGAGGUAUGAAGUGGGAACAAAGACACUUGCAACAACAGUCUGACACCAAAAAGGGACCAUGCACUGUACGGACUGUGUGAACGUCAAUGCUGUUAAGCUCAUUUGUAAAGGAAGCACUGUGAGGUAGAUGGACACGUUUUCCUCAAAAGCCAAGGAGCUGAAUGGGGAUUAUUUAACUGAAGGGAGGGUGCAUCCAUUGUGACGAGGCAGCGUGUGUGUGUGUGUGUCUAUGUGUGUGUCCUCCUCCUGUACAACAAGCUGUGUAUUGUAGAGCCUGUGUGUAUGUUGUGUUGUCAGCAGAAGAAGCCUCCCUUGUUGUAUUUUUAGCAGUGUUGCUUCAGUGGAGCUCUCGGGGUCUGGUUGGGUUUCCUCCUGAAGUCAGCCUGUCGCCAUCUGCCUCCUCUGACCGACCUCCUGCGCAGCCCCCCCCUCCCCAUCUCCAUCCCUCUCUCCUCCUCUUCCUCCAGCCCACCUAAUCUUCUCCCCUGUUAUCCUCCCAUUGUCAAAUCAAACUCCCCAUCUCACUCCCGUUCAGGCCCAUUAGCAUCUUCGUCUGGACUCAAGGUGGAAAAACAUCGGUUUUAGUUUCUCAAUUCACGUUAACACCGACUGAACCGUCAUGGAGGCACAUUGCACCGAUGUUUUCAGGGUCAGAAACUCAAAAUUAGAUUUGACUAAACACAUUAAGCAGAGAAGGUAACCUGAUGUUUUGGAGAACUGAGAUUCCGAGUUAAGCCGACCGACUCGAGGCGUAUUAUUCCCACUCAGCCACUAUUUCCCCUCCUGCUCCGUCCGUCUCUCCUCUUACGCUCAGAGGGCUAAAAGCCUCCAGCUCCUGGUCCACCGAGAGUUGAUCAAACAGGCAAUUAGCUCCGUGAUAGCUCUUAAUGGGCCGCAGAAGAAUGGAGCAUGUGGGAGGGAGGGAAGACAGGAAGGAGCGGGGCGGUGGUGUUUGGCAGAUGGGGAGAGAGAGGGAUGCUGGGAGGAGGAGGAGAGACGAGAAGUCGGAUGAAAGGAGAGAGACGGAGUCGACACCGCUGGGAAGUCCGAUGGAGAACGAGCGUGUUUGACAAAAUGAGGAAUGUGUGUGUGUGUGACGACCGUCAGAACUUCAGGUGAACGGUAAAGUGCAACAUUAGCACUUUGCCAGGAAGAAGGGCUUCAAAGGUGUUAUAACACACACACACACAACACACACACACAGACACGGACACAGACACACACAGCGUCAGGCGGAUGCAUGUGCGUGUAUGUAUGUGUGUGUGGAUUUGGAUGCAUGUGGGCUUCUCUGUUUGUGUGCACGUGUGACAGGAUGAGUCACACAAGCACAGACACAGACACACACUGACCUGAUUUGUUAAAAGUUACUUUGCUAUAUUUUUAUAUGUAAAUAUGGGCUAUUAACUGUAUAACUAUUUUUAUUCUGCUUUCCUUUGUUCCCAUGAGAUUGAUAUUAUUACGGCUGUUUUCCAUUAGCGUGAAUAUUUACUUAUUUACCGUCAACUCGCGACCAAUUCAGGAACUUUUGGGGCAACUCAGAAAACUUUGAACAAGGACUUAGGAGAAAAGCCAUGACCACGUCCCUUACUGUACAGACACUCGGUGUCAUCACCUGGUUUAAACACGUUAGACCAAAUAUUUGUUUUUAUCAUGUUUUUACGACCCAUCAAACUCAUCAUGGAAAUGAAAAUUACUUUAAAGUUAGUCCUGUCCCAGAUUCCAAUAUGGAGGGGGCGGGUGUCAGACCUAUACAGAGAUCUGGGGGUGUUUUAAAAGUACAAUCAUUGGACGAAGAUUAUAAAUGAUGCAUAAGUCAAACUCCACCAACUGAUCAAAAGUUUGUGAUUAAUUAUGUCAAAGCGGAAACAGUUUUAUUAUUUUAAAUCAAGCAUUAUAACAUUUUAUUUCUUUAUGUUGCUGCUCUUUGGUUUCACGAUGUGUAAAUGUUGCCCCAAAUGUUUCUGUGCUCAUCACUGGUUUCACGAUGAAGGAUACGCUCAACUCUAUUUUCAUUUUGUUUUAUUAUCGUUGCAACUUUAAUCCACUUUGACUCUUACCUGUGACUUUAUAGUCAUCAUUACUAAUAAGAAGUAUUGCCAAUCCAAAAUCCGUAUCUAUGAAAUUGAGGAUGAUUCACCCGGCCCGCCCACAGUGAUGCAGACGAGUGUGAAAACUUUCUCUCAGCUUAUCAUCCGCACGUCCAAAUUUUUCAAAACACCACAACAAAGUGUUUUUUUUUUUUAUACAAAUGGAGAAACUGAGCUUUUUAAAGAAGAUGCUGAUGUUGCCCGUCAAGGUCAUGUACGAUAACUCGCUGGCACAUUCUAUACUGCAUGCACGCUCUGUGAAUGACAACGCUUCAAAAACAGCAGGAAACCAAUGGCGGCCGUGAGCAGAACAACAGAUCAUCAUCUGCAUAUAACUUUAAUAUGUUUUAAUUAUUGUGGUGUUUAAAAGACAACGACGUGGAGAAGAAGGUUUUUUAUACUUAACAUGACUAACAACAUGACUGUGGGCGUGGUCUCUGAUUGGCUCCUCCCAGACGUCUCCUCUUCGUUGAUUGGAUGGCUUCGGGUCGGAUCUUGGUGCUCGGGGGGGCGGGGGUAACAUGAGGAACAUUACCAACCCGGGUCGAAGACGUUGCACAUUUUUUAAACCGGUUUAUCUGUUUUCAGAGCGACUUUAAAUAAACGCUGAGAGUCGCAGCUUGAUCGUAAACACGUUAGUAUGUAAUGUUUUCUACGUGCUGCAGAUACGCAGAGUGACUCGUGCAAUGCAUUGUGGGGCACAUGUCAAACAAACUUCCAACGACUCCCAUGUUUCAUUCAUCUUCUAAAGAGUUUUUUUCAGUUUUACGUUUAACCAAAUUGUUUAAAUAUCUUAUAUUCUCAUAAUUUGUUUUAUUUAAUAUUAACGAAUGAAGCACAAGCAAAUGUGUUUUUGCUGAAAUGCGAGUUGAACUGCAAAACAAAACAUCAACAUUCAUUUAAGAAACAAACUCAUCUUAAAAAGAUUUAAGGGGGAAAUGAUGACUUGUUACUACUAGAUCUGUAAUUUAAGGGGUUGUUUUGAGGACUUUUGUCAAAAUUCAAGAUAUUACCCGUGGCAGUGAUAGAGGGGGGUGCAACUUCCACACCUCACUUUUACACAUAAAUCACUCCGAUAUGUAAAUUUUCUAAAUUCCCCAGAUGUUCCCAGCGUUGCUCAGGAACCCGUCCGGUGCUGUAACACCUCACGUCUCCUCUCGUGUCUUAGCGUCGCUUUUGGUACAAAUUGGCAUCGUGUCUGUCAUCAGAGAAUUUAAGGAGAGUAUAUGGAACAAAUAUAUAUAGAAAAAAAUAACUAUCUAAAAUGAAUAUAUUAUAUAUGGAACAAUAUGCAUUUCACACUUUCUGUUUCAUCGCUGAUAUUUGCUUCGUUGAUAUUUAUUUGAACGGUUACAACAAUGGCGGGGAACACGAAUCAUGGAGGAGGAGGACGUGGACGAGUGGAGUAUUUAUUUUACAGUGGUCGGAGGAAAUGAAGAGUGCCGACCUCGUUGUUGUUGUUGUUGUUUGUCUUUUGGUUUUGUUUCCUCCUCUCAGUGUGGAGCGGCUGCUGCUGCCCUCCUGGCUAAAGACCAACCAAUAAAAAGGAAUUUCCAAACGGAGCAAA